UCAGGUCUCUCCGCAUUAUUACUACCACACACAGUAAGUCUCUCUCUCUCUCUCUCUCUCUCUCUCUCUCUCUCUUCAAUUUCUUGAAGUACUGCAGAGACGGAGCUGCAGCGCUUAAACACCGUCAGCUCUUGCUUUAGUUGCCGGAUAUCUUUACGACACAAAUAAAUGUUUAUUCAUUAGCAACGGCGGACGUCUCGUAAUGGAGAACCAAAAUCGACAUCUCAUCUGCUCUGCUCCCUAAAUGACUCAUGAGAGCCAUAAAGGCACAAGCUCUUCUUCUGUGGUGACUGCAGACCUUCUGCCACUAUCUAAUCAUGGACGAUACAGCGCCAAAAGACAAGUCUUCCGUCAUGAAAGGAGCCAGAGACAUUGCUAAGGAGGCCAAACGACAAGCUAUUAAAAAGGUCAACAAAGUUGUGGACCGUGCCUCAGACGAGUACUCAGAGCGCACCUACCAGCGCUUCCAGGAUGAAGACGAUGACUACUACAGCCAGCCGGAUGGAAACUACACAGGAGACCACGCCAAUGAUGAAGAGGGAUCCAGCGACGCCACUGAGGGUCACGAUGAUGAGGAUGAGAUAUAUGAAGGGGAGUACCAGGGGAUCCCCUCAGAUGCAAAGGCCAGAGAUGGACAGGUGGCUCUGGGACAGCCGCUGGCAGAUGGCCUGAAGGACCGGAGAGAGCUGGAGAUCGAGAGGCAGGCAGAUGAGGAGGAGCUGGCGCAGCAGUACGAGCUCAUCAUACAAGAGUGUGGACAUGGCAGGUUUCAGUGGCAGCUGUUCUUCACUCUGGGCCUGGCGCUCAUGUCUGAUGGUGUGGAGGUCUUCGUGGUGGGCUUUGUUCUCCACAAAACAAACACGGAAAUCAAGGUGCCAGAUUACAGUAAUGGAUGGUGUCGCAGCAUUGUGUAUUUGGGGAUGAUGGUAGGGGCCUUCUUCUGGGGCGGUAUGGCUGACAAGGUGGGCAGACGGCAGUGUCUGCUCCUUUGCAUGUCCAUGAAUGGCUUCUUCGCCUUCCUGUCCUCUUUUAUGCAGGGCUAUGGCUUCUUCCUGCUCUGUCGCAUGAUAGCCGGCUUCGGCACCCACCCUAUUCUCAUCACAUACCUUACUUAUUUACAAGAAAAAAAGAAAUCAAUUUUAAUUGGAGAGCAUCUAAGCUGGCUUUGCAUGUUCUGGAUGAUUGGAGAGAUUUAUGCCUCCGCCAUGGCCUGGGCCAUCAUACCUCACUACGGCUGGAGUUUCAGUAUGGGCUCAUCUUAUCAGUUCCACAGCUGGAGGGUGUUUGUGGUGGUGUGCGCUCUCCCCUGCGUCUGUGCCGUGGUGGCCUUAACAUUCAUGCCAGAGAGCCCCAGGUUCUACUUGGAGGUGGGGAAGCACGAUGAGGCCUGGAUGAUCCUCAAGCAGAUUCAUGACACAAACAUGCGAGCGCGUGGACAGCCCGAGAAAGUCUUCACCGUGAACAGAAUUAAGAUCCCAAAGCAGAUCGAUGAGUUUGUCGAGAUGCAGGCUGAAUCUGGCAACAUUUUCUCAAAAGUGAUCUUCAGAAUAAAGACUGAGCUUCAUGGGAUUUGGUUAAACUUCUUGAAGUGUUUUAAUUAUCCAGUGAAAGACAGUACAGUCAAACUUGCCAUUGUGUGGCUCACACUGUCAUUUGGGUAUUACGGUUUAUCCGUGUGGUUCCCUGACGUCAUCAAACAUCUUCAGGCCAAUGAAUACGCCUCCAAAGUACAAAGGCAUAACAAUAACGAGCGCAUUGAAGACUUCACCUUCAAUUUCACCCUUGAGAACCAGAUACACACUAAUAGCUUAUUUAUCAACAACAGGUUCAUAAGUAUGAAAUUCAAGUCUGUCACUUUCAUCAAUUCCACUUUUCACAGCUGCUUUUUUGAGGAUGUGACAUCAGUUGGAUCUUUCUUUCGCAACUGCACAUUUAUUGAGGCUGUCUUCUAUAACACCGAUAUUGACGACUCCAAACUGAUAAACACAGACGUCAUAAACAGCACAUUUUACCACAACAAAACAGGCUGUCAAAUGACAUUUGAGGAUGAUUAUAGUGCAUACUGGGUCUACCUCGUCAAUUUCUUGGGAACACUGGCGGUUCUGCCCGGCAACAUUGUAUCUGCACUUCUCAUGGAUAAAAUUGGCCGCUUAUCUAUGUUAGGGUUUUCCAUGAUUCUGUCUGGUAUCAGCUGCUUCUUCCUGUGGUUUGGCACCAGUGAGUCAAUGAUGAUUGGGAUGCUGUGCUUGUACAAUGGCCUGAGUAUUUCCGCCUGGAACUCCCUGGAUGUUGUGACAGUAGAGCUGUACCCUACAGACAGAAGAGGAACUGGAUUUGGCUUCUGUAAUGCCUUGUGCAAGCUAGCCGCAGUGAUGGGAAACCUGAUUUUUGGAUCUUUAGUGGGCAUCACCAAAGCCAUCCCCAUUCUUCUGGCCUCCUCAAUGCUCGUAGGCGGAGGUCUGGUGGGAUUGCGACUACCUGACACCAGGUCAAAUGUCCUCAUGUAACCCUUGUGUUGGAGGUCUGGAGAAACUUAAAAGGCUUGACUUAACCCUCAUUCCUCAUUGUUGUACACUGUGUACUUAUAUUGUGUUCAUAACAAGAUACUUCUCAAUUAGGCAUCAUUACAUUUUGACAUUCUUUAGACUUUCUUUGCAAUAAUAAAACUUCUGCACCUUUAUACUGUACAGUUCAUUUAACUAAGACCUUCAUGUUUCCUUGUGGCUUUUAGAGGUUUAUAAUGGCCCAGGAAUGAAUGUGAGCAUAAAUAUUAAUGUCCCCUUAUUAAGACUUGAGAAAAACAACCUAUUAAUGAGCAAUCCAAAUCUGCUGCAAGUAUGCAGAGAGGAUGAUCAGAUAUGCCGAAAGCUCAGCACAGCUGCAUCACACCUGGCUGACUGAAUCCUGAGAAUUACUAAAGAGAUGAGAGACUGAGACCAGUCUACAGGUAACCAACUUUUUAUUCAGUUAUUAGUUUCAGGAUUUGACUACACAUAGUGAAAACAUCAUCCAGAUAUGCUAUCAUAUAUUUCUAAUGAAAGAGAACAUGGUUUUGUUGUUGAAUCAAUUUCACUGAGAAUUGAGUAAGUUGAUGACGAGGUUAACCCCUACAACAAC